AUGACGACGCGGGGCGGGGCGUCCGGAGAGCGCGACCUUUGACCCGCAAUUGCGGCUACGUCGGCGACGGCCGGGGAUAGAAGCGCCCCAGAGGCGGCGGCGGGCUGUAGGUGUUUGCACCGCAGGGAUGGAGGACCCUGCCCAGGACGGGGUGACCGCCCCAGCCGCCCCAGGCGCCGCGAGAUCCAAGCUGGAAACUCUGCCUAAAGAAGAUCUCAUCAAGUUUGCCAAGAAGCAGAUGAUGCUGCUACAGAAAGCUAAAUCAAAGUGUACAGAAUUGGAGAAAGAAAUUGAUGAACUCAAAUCAAAACCUAUUGAUGGAGGAAGUGAUGAUAUUAUUAAGGUGUUGACCGAGCGCCUGGACGCUGUUCUUCUGGAGAAAGCAGAGACCGAGCAGCAGUGUCUCUCUCUGAAAAAGGAAAAUGCGAAAAUCAAGCAGGAAGUUGAAGAUUCUGUAACUAAAAUGGAAGAUGAGCACAAGGAGUUUGAACAGUUGCACAGAAACUAUGUGAAAGAAAUUGAAGAUUUGAAAAGUGAAUUGAUAACGGUACAUUCCAAACACAAUGAAGAUAAGGCCGGCUUACAAAGGGAGCUAGAAGAAGCAAUAAACAAACAGGCAGAGCUUUCAGAGCAACUUAAAUUUCAGAGUAGCUCUGAAAGUGAUAUUAAAGAACUGCAAGAUGAGAGUCAAAAAAUGAGGUCAGCCUUUGAGGAACAAAUUUUCUAUCUGCAAAAGCAGUUAGAAGCUAUCACUGAUGAAAAAAAGCAAGCAGUUACUCACCUCCAAGAAGUCAUGGAGGCGAAUUCUCAACAGUACCAAAGAGAUACUAUUCGUUUGCAAGAAGAAGUGAAAGAACUGACACAACAGAUUAAAGCAUCAGCUAAAGAACAUGAAGCAGAAAUAAGUAAGUUAAACCAGCUGAAAGAGGACCUAGCGAGACAGUGUGAGGCCAGUGAGCAGACUAUUCGCGAGAAAUACAAAUGUGAAUUGGAAAACCUAAGGAAAGCCACAUCGGAUGCAAACCCAGACCUUCCUGUGGGUCCUGUCCUCUUACAGAAAGAUACUUUUGUGGAACAGAUAGUAAAUGAAAAAACCAAAUACUUACAGGAUUCCUUAAAAGAACUGGAGUCUCAACAUAGUAUUUUAAAAGAUGAGGUAACUUACAUGAAUAAUCUUAAAUUAAAACUUGAAAUGGAUGCACAGCAUAUAAAGGAUGAGUUUUUUCAUGAACGAGAAGACUUGGAAUUUAAAAUUAAUGAACUGUUACUAGCUAAAGAAGAGCAGGGCUGUGUAAUAGAAAAAUUAAAAUAUGAGCUGGAAGAUUUAAAUAAACAGUUUCAUUGUGCUAUAGAACAACAUAAAAAGGAAGUACAAAAUCUCAAGGAAAAACAUCAAAAAGAAGUAUCAGAACUAAAUGAGACAUUUUUGUCAGGUUCCGAAAAAGAAAAAUUAGCAUUAAUGUUUGAAAUACAGGGUCUUAAGGAACAGUGUGAAAACCUUCAACAAGAAAAGCAAGAAGCAAUAUUAAAUUAUGAGAGUUUGCGAGAAAUUAUGGAAAUUUUACAGACAGAACUAGGAGAAUCUGCUGGAAAAAUAAGUCAAGAGUUUGAAUCAAUGAAGCAACAGCAAGCAUCUGAUGUACAUGAACUUCAGCAGAGGCUAAGGACUGCAUUUAAUGAAAAGGAUGCUCUUCUAGAAACUGUGAAUCUUCUCCAGGAAGAAAAUGAAAAGUUGCUACAUCAACGAGAGUUAGUGUCACAACUUGAAAAUACCGUGAAGAGCCUUCAAGAAAAGAAUGAAGUGUACUUACUUGGUCUUAGUCAAAGAAACGUGAUGAUACAAGAAUUAGAAGCCAAAAUAAGUUCUCUUGUAGAGGAAAAAGAUGAUUUCAUAAGUAAAAUUAAAAAUUCUCAUGAGGAGAUAGAUGGUCUGCAUAGAAAGUGUGAGAGGGAAGAAAGCUUGGCUAGAGAACUUCGGGAGAAGCAAGAACAGGCCACCCAGUACAGCAGUGCAUUAGAACGGCAGGUAAACGAGCUGACGGGAAGACUAGAUGAGACUUUAAAAGAAAAGGUUGAAAAUGACCAAAAACUGGAAAAUCUUAAGGUACAAAUGCAAACUAUAUCUAAAGACCAGGAAGCAUUGUCAUCAGAAGUGAAGUCUCUUUAUGAAGAAAAUAGUAGACUGUGUUCCGAAAAGGACCAGUUAAGUAGGGAUUUGGAAAUCCUAGUAUCUCAAAAAGAAGAUUUUACCCUAAAAGAACAUAUUACUGAAUUAGAAAAGAAACUGCAGUUAAUCAUUGAAGAGCGAGAUAACUUAAAAAAACUGUUUGAAAAUGAGCAAGCUCAGAAGUCAUUUGUUAAAACUCAGCUGUGUGGUUUUCUUAAACAAAUGAGGUCGAGUGUUUCAGAAGAAAAUGAAGAGGAAGAUGUUAGACUUGUCCUACAAGCUGUAGGUGAAUCCUUAGCAAAAGUAAAUGAAGAAAAUCACAACUUGGUUUUGCAGUAUGUUGCAAGGGUGUUAGAAUUAGAAAAAGAAGUGAAGUGCCUUCAAGAAAAGGCUGAUCAAUGUGAAGAACUUAGGUCUUUACUAAGAGACUUUGAGCAAGAGAAAAUUCUCUUAAGACAAGAGUUAGAAGGAGCAUUGUCAGAAAAAGAGACCUUGCAGUUUGAUCUUUUAGAAAUAAAGAAUGCUAAUGAGAAAAGGCUUGAUAAUCACAAUCUUUCAAUUCAAGUUGAGGAAGUAUCUCAUAUAUUACACAGCAAAACUGAAACUGAGGUCCAUGAUGAAAAACCUAUGCCAGAACAUGAAGACCUAAGGCCAUUACUGGAACAAAAAGAAGUGGAAUUGCAAGAUGUAAGAGCAGAGUUGUUGUCAUUAAAGGAUUCCUUAGAGAAAUUGUCUUUAAAAGAUGAUCAGCUUUCUUCAGUAAAAGAACUGGAGGAGAAAAUCGCAAAUCUGGAAAAAGAAUCCAAAGGGAAGGAGGAAAAACUAAGUAAGAUAAAACUAGUUGCUGUAAAAGCAAAGAAAGAAUUAGAUUUUAGCAGAAAAGAGGCCCAGACUCUAAAGGAAGAGCUCGAAUCUGUUCGGGCGGAGAAGGAUCAGCUGUCUGUGUCCAUGAGAGACCUCAUCCAGGGAGCAGAGAGCUAUAAGAGUCUUUUAUUAGAAUAUGAUAAGCAGUCAGAGCAGUUGGAUAUGGAAAAAGAACGUGCUAAUAAUUUCGAGCGUCUCAUGGAAGAUCUUACAAAACAAUUAAGACAUUCAGCUUUUCAGUGUGAAAAAUUAAGCUCUGACAAUGAAGAUCUCCUGGCUCGAGUUGAGACACUCCAGUCCAAUGCUAAGCUAUUGGAAGGACAGAUUCUAGAGGCCCAGAGAGCCAAAGCAGUGGUAGACAAAGAACUAGAAGCUGAAAAGCUUCAGAAAGAGCAGAAGCUAAAGGAACAUGCCAGUACCAUAACUGAACUUGAAGAACUUCAGUUGCAAUUUCAAAAGGAAAAGAAACAGCUUCAGAAAAUCACGCAAGAGUUAGAGCUGGUGAAAAAGGACGCCCAGCAGACUACACUGAUGAACAUGGAAAUAGCAGACUACGAACGUUUGACCAAAGAACUAAAUCAGCAGUUAACUAACAAAAACAGCAAGAUAGAAGAUUUGGAGCAAGAAAUAAAAAUUCAAAGACAGAAACAAGAGACCCUACAAGAAGAACUGACCUCGCUGCAGUCUUCCCUGCAGCAGCAUGAGGAGAAACACUCCAGGGUCAAGCAGCUGCUUGUGAAAACCAAAAAGGAGCUGGCAGACGCAAAGCAGGCAGAAAUCGAUCAUCUCACUCUCCAGGCAUCCUUAAAGGGCGAGCUGGAGGCAAGCCACCAGCAAGGAGAAGUCUACAAAAUCCAGCUGGCUGAGGCGACUGCAGAGAAGCACAAGCUGCACGAACACCUGAAGGUGUCCGCGGAGCAGCACCAGCGUGUUCUUGGCACCUUCCAGCAGCGGGUGGCUGCGCUGCAGGAGGAGAACUGCGCGGCUAAGGCAGAACAAGCAGCUGUGGCCUCAGAAUUUGAGAACUACAAAGUCCGAGUUCACAAUGUUCUGAAACAGCAAAAGAAUAAAUGUGUGCCUCAGGCUGAAGCUGAGGGUGUGAAACAAGAAAGGGAGCACCUGGAGAAGCUGGUGGACCAGCUAAAGAUCAAGCUGCAGGACAGCCAGAGUCACCUGCAGGCCAGCGGGGCGGAGCUGCAGACGCUGCAGUCAGAGCAUGACACCCUGCUGGAGAGGCACAACCGCAUGCUACAGGAAACCGUGACCAAGGAGGCAGAGCUGCGGGAGAAGCUGUGUUCUGUCCAGUCUGAGAACUUGGCAAUGAAGGCUGAGAAUGCGAAGAUGGUGACUCAGCUGAUGUCCCAGAGCGAGGUCCUCCGCAGCAGCUUCCGAGAGCAGGUGCGGCACUUGCAGGACGAGCACCGGAAGACAGUGGAGACCCUGCAGCAGCAGCUCUCCAAGGUGGAAGCACAACUCUUCCAGCUCAAGAGCGAGCCGACCACACGAACUCCUUGCCAGCCUUUAAAGAACCUGCGAGAAAGGAGGACCACCGACCUGCCCCUCCUGGACAUGCACACGGUGACACGGGAGGAGGGUGAGGGAAUGGAGACGGCGGACACCGAGUCCGUGUCUUCUGCCAGCACCUGUGCGCCCUCGCUAGAGCAGCUGCUCAGCUCUCCUGAGACAAAACUUGACCAUCUUGCAGAGCCUCCUCUGUGGCAUGCUGAGUUUACCAAAGAAGAGCUGGUUCAGAAGCUCAGCUCUACCACAAAGAGCGCAGAGCACUUGAAUGGGCUGCUUCGGGAGACAGAAGCAACCAAUGCCAUCCUCAUGGAGCAAGUCAAGCUUCUCAAAAGUGAAAUCAGAAGAUUGGAAAGAAAUCAGGAGCGUGAGAAGUCCGUGGCCAGCCUGGAGUACCUGAAGAACGUUUUGCUGCAGUUCAUCUUCCUGAAACCCGGCAGCGAGCGGGAGCGGCUCCUUCCUGUCAUCGACACCAUGCUGCAGCUGAGCCCCGAAGAGAAGGGCAGACUGGCUGCCGUGGCACAGGGUGAGGAAGAAAAUGCUUCCCGGUCCUCCGGAUGGGCCUCCUAUCUGCAUAGCUGGUCUGGACUUCGAUAGAUAGAUGGGGAAGAGACCCAUUAGCCGAACAAGACCCAUCUGGAGAGCCAGUUCAUGUGUGUCACUGUUGUUCUGUUGAAGAGUGUCCAUGUCUUGCUGUGCCCUUCAUGUCUCAGACCGGAACGGAGUGAAAGCACAGCAGCUCUGCCUGGCCCCAGGGAGCUGCCAGGAGCGAGGGUUAGGGUUAUUAACCUUAACCACUGCAGCCCUGGCACCCAUGCAGCUCUGGUAUCUCAAGAACGUGGAAGUCAAUAGCUGCUGAGGACAUCUGUACUCAGGGUGUGACGAAAACUGGUUUGCUGGUCAGGUGGGCUUGGGGUUAUGAAGCUCUCUGCUGCAGCUGGUUGUGCAGCCAGCUGGAGUGGUCCUUUGCUGUGCAUGCUGCCAGGCUCCCAGCUGUCCAGGGCCAAGGUGUGGCUGUGUGACAGGCCGAGGGGGUGGUCCAGCCCCUCCCAGGCUCCCCCUGUGGGACCACUGCCAGCCUGCCUAUGUCUGCCUCCAGAAGAAAGCUGCUCAAAGUGGUGCUGCCUGAGUUGGCCUUGACUUUAGAAUGUGGCAGAGACUGCUGGUGCAUUCCUGCCAGCCACUGUGUGAUGCAGAGGUAGCAUUUCUGGUUGGAUGUAUUUUAUUGACAAGAUCAAAGCUGUGCUCUGACAAUUGAGAGUUCUGGUUUUACUCUGUGUGGGUCCCAUGCAGUGUGUGCUCAGCAGCCCUCAGGCCCCUCAGUGAUGCUGCACCCAACUCUGCAGGGGAGAGCUGCUGUCUAUACUCAGGCUCCUGUUAAGGUCGGUUUCUGGCUUAGUGCACUGCAGGUUUGCCGCCGACAUGAUGAGUCCAUCCUUGGAAAGGAUUCCUUCUCUACUUCUGCUUCUGUCUUACAGAUCAGGCCAGACUGGUGAAUGUAUUGAUGAAGAUGGAUCUAUUUCAGAGCUGACUUUAAAAGUCUAUUUUUACUUUAUAAGCUGUGAAUAUGAGUGUGCCAGCAGCGUACAUGGUGACUGUAAUGAUAUUUAAAUAAAUUUUACUUUUUCUUCGAGCCUA